AUGGCCAAGCCGUUCGACAAUUACAAUCCUUCUGGCGAACCAGAAAUAAUUCAUUCAGCAGGCGAUCUUUCAUCGCCACCAGAGUUGCGAAUACUGCAUUACAACGAUGUCUAUCAUGUCGACGCUUCUUCGGCCGAGCCUGUCGGUGGUAUCGCCCGUUUUCAGACAGUGGUUAACCACUAUCGAAACGACGAGAAGUACAAAAACCAAGCUGAACUACUAAUCUGCUUCUCUGGAGAUGCCUUCAAUCCAAGUCUGGAGAGUAGCGUUACGAAAGGCAGUCACAUGGUACCUGUACUCAAUGAUAUAGGCACCGACGUUGCCUGUGUCGGCAAUCACGAUCUCGACUUUGGCGUCACCCAAUUUCGACACCUCUCAGAACAGUGUAAAUUCCCAUGGCUGUUGUCCAACGUACUGGAUCCUGCUCUAGGAGAAAAUGUACCUCUUGGAAACGCCAAACAGUCACUGUUGCUCGAAAGCUCUAAUGGCAUCAAGAUUGGAGUCAUUGGCCUUGUGGAGCGAGAGUGGCUGGACACCAUUAACUCCUUACCGCCAAAUCUAAUCUACAAAUCAGCUCACAAAACAACAGAAGAACUGGUUCCUGGUCUACGGAAACAGGGUGCUGAGAUUGUGAUAGUGGUUGCCCAUCAACGAGAGCCGAACGACAACAAAGUUGCCCGAAUGGUACCCAAAGGUCUUGUGGACAUAAUUCUGGGUGGCCACGAUCAUAAUUAUGCGCACAGUAUCGUGAAUGGCUGCCAUGUGCUUCGUAGUGGAACAGACUUUAAGCAGCUGAGCUAUAUAGAGGCUCGCCGCUCCAAAGAGAAGACUGGGGGAUGGGAUUUACACAUUGUUCGACGUGAUAUCGUUUCGAGUAUUCCUGAGGACACCAAGGCAAAAGAGAUGACGGAGAAGAUGACCAAUGCACUGAAAGCGAAACUCGACAAGCCCAUUGGUCAUUCUCUUGCACCUCUUGACGCUCGCUUCGUGGUCGUCAGACGACAAGAAUCGAAUAUGGGUAACUUCGUCUGUGACCUCAUGCGCACUUAUUAUGCAGGUGAUUGCUGUAUCAUCGCAGCUGGGACAAUCCGUGGGGAUCAAAUCUAUCCUCCAGGUGUUCUUCGGAUCAAAGACAUCCUGAAUUGUUUCCCCUUUGAGGACCCUUGCGUCGUGAUCGAAGCACCAGGUCAGGCUAUUCUUGACGCAUUGGAGAACAGCGUAUCUACCUAUCCGGCACUCGAAGGACGAUUUCCACAGGUCUCAAACAUAACGUUUACAUUUGACCCCAACCUACCACCAGACCAUCGCAUACCGAACCCUACUUCGAACAUCCGCAUUGGUGGACAGCCACUAAUUCUGGACAGAAAGUACAAGCUCGUGACGAGAGACUAUAUGACUCGAGGAAAGGAUGGGUUUGAUGCUUUGCUAGUCAAGUCUGCAGGUGGUGAGCUUAAAGAGAUUGUGUCCGAAGAAAAUGGCAUACUGAUCUCCAUGCUACUGAGGCAGUACUUCAUGUCUUUGAAGACGUUAGGCAAAUGGAGCAAACUUGGGAAGAAUACGUCUCGUUAUUUCGAGCGUGUCCACAAAGAGUUGCACAAGUCUCACCCUGUCGUUGAACCGAUGCUCAAGACACCAUCAGUGACUGAUAGCCCAUCAAAUCAUUCAAUUCCAACCAGACCUGUGAUUAAGAAAACACGACCUGUCAAACAAUCGGAAGAAGAAGCGAAGUUUCUGGACUAUUCUGACGACGAAGAGUACACCGUCGAGCCAGGCGCUGACGUUGAAGAAGUAAGACGUCAGGAAAGAAAGCUAAGAAUUAUGCGGCAGGUAAUGCAAAAGUGGAGGAGACUAGCUAGGGUGCCUACACCUCAAAGCUGUGACAAUAUUGCAGUGGAAGAAUUUGAGGUCGAUUGGACAAGAGCCAUUGCGCCCAGGAUAGAGGGAAGGAUCAAGAUCAUUGGUGUUGAUGCUUGA